CGAACGCGGAUUCAAUGGCAAUUGGCAAUUCACAAUGGCCGUUCUCGCUCGAUUUUCGUGUGAUAUAUAAUUCGCGUAUCGAGGCUCGCAUCUCGUCGUAUUUUCAGCUCUUUCUCCCUGGAUCGAUUCGUUUCGCCGUCCGAUCGCGAUCGCGCUUACAAUUCCAUCGAUUAUCGGUCGCGGACGCAUAAAUAUACUCGUUUCUCUCCGUUGCCACACUAUCUCGCGAACGAUCGUCUCCGCGAGAUCGUACAAUGGCCGAUGUGGAGGGAAAGGAGGCGAAGAAAGGAAAGAAGGGAAAAAAGCUGACCGAGCUCCGGGUUAUAGAUCUCAAAUUGGAGCUAGAACGUCGCGGCCUGGACUGGCCUAGGUCCGGCAACAAAGCGGCGCUUCUCGAGCGGCUGUCGAAAGCCAUAUCAGACGAAGGAGAGAAUCCUGAAGAAUAUCUUAUUGUACCACCUGAUGGACCAUGUAAAACUGCUCCAAGAAAAAAUAGUGGAACUUCAAGUCAAGAAGAAUCUACUGAAUGUUCUGAUAGUCAGAAAGAAGAAAAUAUUGAUGGACAAGAGAAUGUGGACAAACUUAAGGGAGAAAUUAAGCUUAUGACAGAGGAAACUAUUGAAAAAGAAAAUGAAGAAAAAGAAAUUUCUCCUAGGAAAGAGGAAUUGCAACCUGAAGCCAAAAAUAAUAUCAAUAAGGAAGAAAGUCCUAAACAGGAAACCAAAAUUCAAGGAAUUAAAGCUACAGCUGAAAAUGUGCAGAAUACUGACAAGAAUGAAUCAGAAAAAAAUAGUACUGCAAAUCAAUCCUCAAACGCAUCUGCCACUGUUGAAGCUAAUGGAAUUGACAAUGAAGACUCUAUUAAUUUGACUAUUGGAGAAGAUGAAGAAAAUCUCCUCGCUGAGGAGACAGAAUCUCACGACAGGCACAAGGAUGGUGGAGAGAAGAAGAAAAUAGAAGAGAACAGCAAGAAGGGAGACUCUAAAGGCGGCGGUAGAGCGGAAGCUGGUGCCAGCGGCAAGGAAGGGACGACGUCCGGUGCGAACGUUGGGAUGAAGAACAAGCAGGACGGUGGAGAUGGAGGAAGCAAGAGUGCGGAGUCUAACAAUAAAAACCAGAAGAGAGACGAAAAGGAUAAGAAGAUAUCUCAGAUCAAUCCGAGCGCAAGCAGUCGCAAUUUAUGGGUCUCCGGCUUGUCGUCCAGCACUCGCGCUACCGAUUUAAAGCAGAUUUUUUCCAAGUAUGGCAAAGUUAUAGGCGCAAAAGUGGUUACCAAUGCGAAAACUCCUGGUGCAAGAUGUUACGGUUACGUCACGAUGUCUUCAAGCGAAGAUGCUGCAAAAUGUAUACAACAUUUACACAGGACCGAACUUCACGGACGCGUCAUAUCUGUGGAAAAGGCAAAGGGUGAUACGCAACAGAGUCAUAUACGUAAACGAGAUACUGUUAAUGGUAAAUCGGAAAAAAAAGAUGAAAAAGAAAAAAUAAAAGAUCAUGACAUAAAUGAGAGAAAGGAGAAGGAAGCUAAAAAGGAAAUUGAAGAGAAGGGAUUGGAUGCUGUAAAAAAAACUGAUGAAAAGAACGAAAGCGCCGAAUCCAAGAAGAUUGAAUUACAAGAUAAGAAGGAAGAUCCUUCUAAAGAGUCUGAUUCUCGAUCGACGAAAUCCACGAGUAAGAAACCGGAGAGCGAGAGAGGAAGACGUGAAGAGAAACGGAUUCGUACCUGGGACAGAGAUCACCGAAGUCACAGUCGGUCUAGGAGCCGCGAAAGACGGAGGCGCGAUGACGUUCUCACAUUUGCGAAGAUCAGAGAAGAACGUGAACGGCAAAGAUUGCGCGACAGAGAACGGAUUCUGAGGGAGGAAGAGCGCCGAAGACGAGAGGAUAUGGAGCGUCAACGAGAGAUAGAACGUAGGCAGCGAGAAGAAGCCGCGCGUUUGGAGAGAGAACGAGAGAAGUUGAGGCGAGAGAGGGAGCGGAUCGAGCAGGAAAAGGCCGAGUUGCUACGACUCGAGCGUGAACGACAGAAGCUCGAAAGGGAGAAGCUCGAGCGCGAGAGAUUGGAGCUGAAGAGGCAGCAGAUGCGUCUGGAGGAGAGCAGACGCGCGCCACCACCGCCGUCACUAAAGAGAUCGUCUACCGACAGAAGGGACCCGCGAGACUUGUACGUGGAACCCGACAGGAAACGAAUGAGUACAGAACAUAGUCGUAGACACAGCCCGGACAGAGUAGUCGACAGACGGAACGAAAUGUUAGAUCGAGUGUCAGAUAGACGAAUGGAUCCCUCGCCUCCUUCUCGAUACGAAUCUAGCAGAUCUGCUCAGGAUUUGGGAUUAAAGAAAGAAUUCAAGCGAAGUAGUGAUUUCUCGUCGCGAAGCAGCCGGCCAGACAGCUUUUCCGAUGUUUCUCGUGGAAGAGAAGUUAUUGUACGACGAGAAAGUUUGUCCACUACAUCCUCGUCCAUAGAUCCGCGACAAGUUAAGGAAAGGUACGAUCGUCCAAGUACUACGUCCUAUACUCGCGAACGCGAAGUACGACGAUCCGAACCCGAGACGCAUCGAACCUCCAGAGACAGUCAUACACGAUACAGCGAUAGUUUCAAACCGCCGGGCUCUAACACACCACGUGAAAGUCGUUACGUAGAAAGCAAUCGUACACCGAGCGGAUGGCAUUCGGGACCUACAUCCUCGAAAUCGUUUAACUCCGUGACGAGUAGCGGAUCUCGCGAUCCCCGUGGCGAGCCUUCUAGCUGGAGUUCUAGGUCGUCCGACAGCGUUAAUAGAUGGAGCAACUCGAGUAGCAUGGGAAAUACAUUGCGGCAUCCGAUUCCACCGACGUAUCAAAGCGGACCGAUGCAAUCCAUGGGACUGACCGCACCCGGAACGGCGCCUUCAUACGAACGCGUAAAAAGAACUAAAGAGACUUUGCCAUCCCGAAUUAUAUCCCGAAGAUUUCGCCGGAAACUUCCCUUCCUCGACAAUCGUUUAUCUUCGCAGCGGGCUUGAGAAACGACGAGCGAUAACAUCCGGUACACGCACCUGUUAAAGACGAGACUCCGUGACAUUUCUAUGUGACGAAUCGUCAUUGAAAAACGGAUGGAGCGGCGAGUAGUAGAGGGAGCACCACUUUCCCUUGAAGACGGCAGGGAAGACCGGCGCCUCGGAGAAAGAAGGAGAAAGAACGGGAGAGAGUGAACGCGCAAAACGAUCGCGGUCCACCGUCGAGAGUGUAAAGUGUGUCGAGGUCUUUUCACGGACAGUUCGUCGUGGAUCUGUCCCGUGCAACCGCGAUUGCACGCUUCCUUCCUUCUGUUCACGGAUCAUUUCUCCUUUUUACUUCUUUCUUAUCUUACCGCUUCGUGUGUUCUCUUACGUCGCCGACUGUGUCAUUCUCUCUCUCAUUCUCUCUCUCUCUCUUUGUUCUUUCCGCCACUCGACGAAUCAUGCAUAACUCGUCGAUGCUCUCCCGCUGAUCACGCGAAACAUUCUUAGUUAAAAUAGUUCGGCGUCGCGGCUCUCGUACCCCGGGUACAGGUUGCACAAAUACUGGGGAUGUCCGCGGGACAACAGGUUUUCCUCUUUUUCUAACGGAGAUGUCAUCGCCAGCGGUCCUGAGUAAGUGAAAUCCUCUUUUGCAUCUGCGAGUGCGCAUCUCAAAGAGUAUUAGGAAUUAGACACGGAGGGAUGCGGAAGGCAAUGUGUUUUGAAGCUGAUGACACUCUACGGUACUUGAUAAUCAUCUAGUGAAUUGGUAAUUGACGAUAGGACGUCACGCGCGAUAGUGACGGAAUUAUUGAUAUACGCCUGAGCGUGACCGGUAGCUCGGAUUAGUUUUCAAAAGUGAAAACUGUGUUGAAAUUGGUAUGUUAAGUGCGCCGAUGAAGACUGUGGGGUAAGAAAGCGAUCCACAUUUGCAUGCCUUUUCAGUAAUACAUAUCUGUGUGUAAGAUCGCUUUCUCUAAACAUUCUCUAAAUCGAAAUUCUUUAUUUUUCAUCUGAGAAAAUUAUUUCAUCUACGUGAAUCUGAAA